AUGGGCCCGUAUCUGCAUCAUCGUGAUGUCGACUUUUGCUUGGCUAUUCACCCUUUGCAGUGCGUAUCCAUCCGUGGGACCAUCAUCCACGCAGCGGGCUUUGAGGGCUCUGAGCUCGUCUGCACCGCAGCCAGCUACCUCAGCCUCGUCUUCUACUCGCUCUGCAAGUUCUUCGUUUAUGCUUAUAUUACUGAUAGAGUCCAGGUUCUUUGGGCCCCAGAUGCGAACAACGGUCGGCCACGGACGUACAUCUACUUUACGGGUAUAAUCUCGGCUGUGGUAUACUGUGUCAUCGUAACACUGAUGAUUAGUAGUCCCAUCUCUGAAAUCAGAAGAGGCGAAUGCGAGAUUGGCCUCAAACCUCUCGGGUCAAUACCCCUGCUGGUUUUCCAUGUCUACGUUAAUAUAUUCGUCACUUUUAUGUUUCUUUUCCCCUUGGUCAACUGGACGCUUAUCACCGACAACCUCAAGCAGCUGGCUUACCGGCUUGCUCUAGCGGCGUUCAUUGCAUUCUCAACUUCAACAGUCAACACCCUCGUCCUCAUCCUCUCCGACGGCCGCGAACUAGCAUGGGUCAACCUGACAGCCUGUGUAGCAGACAUCCUCAUAAACAUCGUCGCAAUGUUCUGGGCCUCGUCCUACGAAAAGCCUAAACCACCACUACCAGACCAAACUCCAAAACGCACUUCACGAUGGGAAGGACGCCGUUCGCCCUCCGUAGCGAGUCUAACGUCGAACCGUACGAGGGCUUCUACCAUCCGCGAUUCUACCUUCCGGGAAUACUCUAUUCGCGACCGGGACCGUGAUUCAGAAUCCCUCGCCCUGAGUGCGCAUAGUGCAGCUGCCGCCGCUCAACGUUCGAGCCGCCGGAUGUCCCAGCCGCGUCCGGAUUCGCUUCAUCGGCUGUCGUUGCAGCCUCGGCCAUUGGCGGAUGCUGAGUUGGGAAUUGGGAUUGGGGCCAUGGGUGGUAUUGGGGUCAAUGGUGGUUCUGGUGCGGGUACGGGUAUGGGUGUUGCGGUUCCGCAGAGGGCGGGGAGGAGGUUGAGUCGGCCGAUUCAGGGUCCUGCGCCGCCGGGUAUGACGAGGAACUAUAGUCCGCCACCGGGUGGUAUGAUUGGUGGGAAUGGCGGGACUGUGAGCCAUGGUAAUCUGAACUCCAAACCAAAAUCGAGGGCGGCGGGGCAGAGGCAUAGUCGGUCAGUGAGUCAGCCUGUCAAUGUUAAUGGGAGUGCGAGUGGGAAUGGGCAUGCGCAGGUGCUGGGACAAGGACAGGGGCCGGUCCUCCCGACGACGAAGGAGAAGAAGCAUUCAUCGUUGGCGAUGAGUUUUGUCAGUGCUGGUGGAUGA